AUGAAGAAGCUUAUGAUUGUCUGCAAGAACUAUAAUAUAAAGAUCGAUAUCAUAAAAUGGUUCCAAGGAGGCUGCUUUCUCAGCAGCCAAAAGAGACAGACACAAGGGGAACCAGGACGAAGCGAGGAGACAACCUCCAUAAAACACCGGAGCAACCGCUCACAAUGGAGCAGAGAAACAAAUAAGCUCGCCAUUACACGUGCCGCCACACACGAGCCGCCACGUCCUACGCGCGUUGCCACCAGAACACGCCGGAAGAGGAGAGACCCACCUCCGAAGAGUUCACGCACAUUCGCCGGAGACCACCAGUAA